AUGGCGAGGGACUUCAGACCAAAAGGAGCAAGGUCAGCGCCACGCGACACCGCUUCGGCCAAGUCGACGCCCGUCAAGCAAGUGUCGAGCUCGCCAGCAGUCUCCCAAUCCACAUCGAAGCCAAAGUCAAGCACGCCCAGCAAGAAGAACGAUGCAUACGACUCGGAUGACAGCGUCGACGAAGCUACCUUGAUGCGCGAGAUCGAGAGCUUCGGUGGUAACAGAGAUGAUCUCGAUCUCAUCUCAAAAGCCAACCUCAAGAAGAAGUCAGAUGUUCAGAUCGACGAAGCAGCCUUCUCUGGCGAAGUUGCCGCUUUCCUCAAGCAGCUCCAAUCCGACCCCAACUCUUCCGAGCCCGCUUCGAUCCCCUCCAAGAAGAAGGAGAGAGAGCCAAAGCCUGUUGCAGAGAGCUCAAAGAAAGCAGAGGCCAAGAAGCAGAACACCGAAGUCGCUCAGCCCAAAGACAAAUCCAAGCCAAAGGACAAGAACCCCAAGCAAGCAGAUGCCAAGGCGCAGAAGCCACCGAAGCCGUCCACCUCGCAAACUGGUGCUGCAGAGAGCACAACAGUCCAACGCAUGGGCAAGGGCAAGAAGAUGGUAUUCGAUGACGAGGGCGUUGGCAAGGAAACCAAGGCCAAGCCCUCGCUCCACGCUACGGGGCCAUUGCGCUUGGAGGCAGUUCCGCAAUGGAUGUCGCAAACCAUGCCCAAGCUUCCUUCCACCAGCACUAGUAACGACUCGCUCUCACAUGACCGCAUCACACAGCUGCUCGACCUGGGCGCCGAUCUGCUGCGUCAAGAAAGUCGAGCUUACGACGACAUCACCAGCAGCGAAACCUCGCUCAACAAGGCCGGCGGCAGCAUUGGUACCCUCAGCGCCUCCGAUGCACGAUUCGUUCGCUCGCUUCUUUCUUCAGAAGGCGGAGGUACACUCUCGGAUAAGAUCUCGGCUUUGACGCUGUUGGUGCAGAGCAGUCCAGUGCACAACGUCAAACACCUCGACAGCCUGCUCAACAUGACGCGCAAAAAGAGUCGAGAGGAAGCGAGCCGUGCUACGCGCGCACUCGCCGAUUGGCUCGCCAGCGAAGGCGGUCUCGGCUCGAGAAAGCUGCGCUACUUCCGAGAUCAGCCUCAGCUCGCUGCUGCUUCUGCCGCCCUCUCCUCUGGUGACCUCGUCGCUGCUGAGGCUGCCAAAGCGCAUCUGCUACUGUGGGCCUUCGAGGACCAACUCAAGAAGUUCUACUUCCAGUUCCUCCAGGUCCUCGAGGUUCAAUCGCACGACACCAUUCCCUUCACACGUAAGCAGGCCACCACGCAGACCUUCAUCCUGCUCCGCGACAAGCCAGAGCAGGAGCAGAACUUGCUGCGUCUCCUCGUCAACAAGCUUGGUGACCCGGAUCGAAGCGUCGCCGCCAAGACCAGCAACCACAUCCUCGAGCUGCUCACCGCUCACCCUGCCAUGAAGUUCAUUGUCGUCCGCGAGAUUGCAAACCUCAUCAUGCGCCCUACGCCUGUAGCAAGCGCGGAGGACGACGAGGCCGGCAAGACGAGCAACCACAGCACGCACGCCCGCUACUACGGUCUCCUCACGCUCAACCAGACCGUGCUGACCGCCAAGGACGAAGCGACGGCCAACCACCUCAUCCUGCUCUACUUUGAGCUCUUCGAAGGCGUCCUCAAGCAGAACGAGGUCAAAGAAGCCAAUGGCACCGCCGAGGGCGAAGACGCGGACGAGGCGCCCAAGAAGAAGGACAAGAAGCGAUGGAAGGAUCAGCCGCGCAAGGGCAAGGGCAAAGGAAAGGGCAAGUCCAAGGGCAAGCAGGCUGCCUCUGCCAAGCCUGAAGAACCCAAGCUGGUGAAAGAUGCCGAAUCCAAGAUGGUCGUCGCCAUCCUCACCGGUGUCCGCCGAGCCUUCCCCUUCGCCAAGAUGGAAGCCUCCGUCUUCGAAAAGCACGUUAAUACGCUGUUCAAGAUUCUGCACACCGGCUCGUUCAACAUCAGCAUCCAGGCGCUGCAGCUCAUCUUCCAACUCACCGUCUCGAACCCGCAUCAGGAGUCGUCCGCCGUGCUCACAUCGACCGCCAUCACGGACCGCUUCUACCGCGUGCUGUACGACUCGCUGCUGGACCCGCGCCUGGAGGCGUCGAGCAAGCAGGCCAUGUACCUCAAUCUCAUCUUCCAAGCGCUCAAGGCGGAUGCCGAGCAGGAGCGAGUCAAGGCGUUUGUCAAGCGUAUCUGCCAGAUUUUGUCGUUGCAUCAGCCGUCGUUCAUCUGCGGAUGCCUGCAUCUGCUUGGUGAGCUGUUCAGGCGUACGCCGGGGUUGCGCGCCAUGCUGACCGAGCCAGAGGAGGAUGACGAGGAGCACUUCCAGGACAUUGCAUCCAGCGAUGACGAGGAUGAGGAUGCUGCGGCGAAGAGGCAGCCCGCCGUCGCAGCUGCUGCCAAGGACGCAUCGACAAAGUACGACGGCCGCAAGCGCGAGCCACGUUUCGCCCAUGCCGGCGCGACUUGUCUAUGGGACAUCCUUCCCCUGCUUGCUCACUACCACCCGUCGGUUUCGGUCCACGCCUUGCAACUGCUGGAAGGCGGCAAAGUCAGCACCAACGCCGACCUGAGUCUCAACACGCUCUCGCACUUCCUCGACCGCUUUGUGUACCGCAACCCGAAGCAGAAGGCAUCCCUGCGAGGAGCGAGUGCCAUGCAGCCUAUGGCGCAGGUAGGAAGCGGUGUCACGCGGUCCCGCACGCACGCGCUCAACGAGGGCGAGUUCUUCAACACCGAGGCGUUCUGGAAGAAGCGCACCGACAGCAUCCCAGCAGACCAGCUCUUCUUCCAUAAGUUCUUCAACCUCAAGUCCAAGCAGCCGUCGAGCUCGCGGGUGCAGAAGGCCGGGGACGAGGACGCGCUGGUGGGGUCGGAUGACGAGGUGGUCGCGCCAGCAGUGAUGGAGGAAGACGAGAGCGAGUUGGAUAGCGACGACGACGCGGACGAGAAGGAGAUCUGGAAGGCCAUGAAGGCGACCAUGCCAGGCAAGGAAGAGCUGGAAGGGUUGGAGGAUAGCGAUGAUGAGGAUGACGAGGAGUUCGACUACGUGGACAGUGAGGCGGAAGAGGCGGCCGAAGAUGACGGACCGAACGUCAUUCCUGGCAUGACCUUCUCUGACAAGGAUGAGGACGAAGAUGAAGACGAGUCCGAGGCUGAAGAGCCGUCCACUCGCGCUUCCAAAUCCAAAGCGAGCACCCAAGAAGACUGGGAGGAAGACGAGUCGGACGGUGGCAUCUUUGACGAAGACGACGACGAUCUCAUGCCGUUCACCGACUUCAACCCGAAGAAGCGCGGUGCUGACUCUUCUGACGACGAGGAGGAGGACGAUGCUGCCGAGGGUGUGGACGCGAAGAAGCGCAAGAAGCAGGCGGACAAGAAGAAGAUGAAGAAGUCGAUGCAGAAUCUGCCCACGUUUGCGAGCGCUGCGGACUAUGCGCACUUGCUCGGCGGUGACGAUGAUGAUGACGAGUAA